AUGGCGGCGGGGGAGGCGGCGGCGUUCGACUUUGCCGAGGUCCUGCGGGAAGAUGCGCGGUCAAAGCUGCUCGACCUCCUGGACGAGGUCACCGGCCGGAAGGUCCUGAUGCUGGACAGCACGAUCACCGGCCCCCUGGAGGUGAUAGUGAGCGCCAGCGACCUGAAGGACCACGGUGUGCAGAGCUGGUACAAACUGACCGACCAGGUGGUGCAGACCGACUGCUCGCAGAUGAUCUUCCUGGUCAGGUGCGCUCGCGUGGAACUGGUUGAGUGGAUCGCGGCGCAGAUCCUCGCGGACGAAGCCCAAGGCCGAGACAGGAUGUACGUCGUCGUGCUGAUCCCGCGGAGAACCGAGCAAGUUGCCGAAGGGCUCGGCCGAGCCAACGUCCGUGCCAAUGUUCGCAUCGUGGAGUGCGCCCUGCACUACUUCCCCUUCGACAAGGACGUACUGUCAAUGGAGGUCCCCGGCGUGUUCAGCGAGUUCCACGUCCAGGGCGACCCCUCCAGCGUGUUCUACGCCGCCAAGGGUCUGAUGCACCUGCAAUCCAUGUUCGGCGUCGUGCCUACCAUCCACUCCAUCGGGGUCGCGGGCAAGGCCGUCAUGGACACCAUUGUGCGACUCCGUAAGGAGGAGGCCGCCGGGCAAGCGCGACCGCCGCCGCGUAUGACCUCCCAGCCGGGGGUUCCGCCUGUGGCGCCACGGCCGAAGCGGCAGGAGGGUGCCCAGGUCGCCGGCGCCCCCCGGAUCUCGGAACUCGUCAUCAUUGACCGCAGGGUGGACCUGUUCUCGGUGCUGUGCUCGCAGUUCACGUACCAGGCGCUCGUGGAUUCGACGUUCGGGAUCGAGAACAACGUCGCCAAGGUGGACUCGUCGGGGUGGUCCGAGGAGCAGAGCAAGACGGUGCGGCUGUCGCCCGACGACCCCUUCUUCCAGGAGAUCCGGGACCUGCACCUGGACAAGAUGGGGCCGCUGCUGCAGGAGAAAGCAAGGGCCAUCCAGAAGACUUUCGCCGAGAAGGACAACGUCAAGACCACCAACGAGAUGGCAGAUUUCGUAAAGAAGUUCAAGACCGCGCAGGCGGCGCGCCCGCAGCUGGAGGUGCACAUCAACGUGGCCACGGAGCUGCAGAACGCGACCCAGACCGAGGACUACAGAAGCAGACUCAGACUUGAGGACGACAUCACCGCCCAGUCGUCCCAGACCUCCCUGGACCUGAUAGAGGACUACCUUGACGACCAGAAGCCCUUCCACGAGGUGAUGCGGCUGCUCUGCCUCUACUCGCUGGUCAACAGCGGCGUGAGGCCGAAGCAGCUGGACCAGAUCAAGAAAGGGAUCAUCCAGUCCUACGGUUUUGAGCACCUGCUCACCAUAUCCAACAUGCAGCGCGUCGGCCUCCUGCGCUACCAGCAGGGCAAGUCCGUCUGGCCCCAGAUAAAGAGGCAGUUCGGCCUUUUCGUAGAGGACGCGCAGGCGGAGCUGGACAUCAGCUACGCCUACAGCGGCUACGCCCCCCUCAGCGUUCGCCUGGUGCAGAUGACCAAGAGCCAGCCUAAGGGCUGGAAGGACUCCGUGAGCCUGCUGUACGGGCCCGCGCAGGUCCAGCAGCAGCAGCCAGACCAGGUGCACGCCGCCGCCGAGCCGAAGGAGGCCGGCACCCACGCCGUGGUGCUCGUGUGUUUCUUGGGCGGCGUCACGUACGGCGAGCUGGCAGCCUUGCGGAGGCUGAGCGAGCUGGAGGGCGGCGAGCGGAAGUUCCUCGUCGUCACCACCGAGCUCCUCAACGCGAAGAAGCUGUUCGACUCGCUGCGGUGCGAUGAGGUGUUCAAGCAGCCGCUGGUGGCCGCCGCGCGGCCAGCGCCGAAAGAGGAGCGGAGAGGGUUCGGCUUCUGGCCCGGCGGCCGCUGA